UGAGAGAGGUCCAGGACGGACACUUCUGCCUCCGAGGGGGGCUUGCGGCCAGGUCUCAGUGUGAGUAAUGGGUACAGAUCGACGCCCGCGCCGCCUGAAACAGGUAACUGUCCUGCUGCCUUUCCGGACGUCCAGACCAGUCCAUGGCCAGAGGCUCCUGGACCGGAAGGCUCCCGGCCUCUGGAGGGGGUAGUCGCGGCCGCCAGACCGCGACAAUCAGCAGGCUCCGGCCCCCUCCCUCCCUGUGGCGUCGAGGUGGGAAGGGCUAGGAUCAGAGCUUAGCGCCUCCCCCAGAAAUGCAGCACUGCAGCCCCCACUGCGCCCUCAGAGCCCCCUCCCUUGUGCGCUCCCUCACGGUGCCAUCCGGCAGGCGCCUUUCCCCGGCCCCCAUCUCAAUUCUCCGGAGUCCCUUCGCGCCCCCGGUCUCUUCUCGCAGCCCUCCUCCCCCUACCCCCCACCGCCUCCAGGUGUUUCCCCUUCCCCAACGCCCGCCCCCCGCCUGAUUUCGAGGGGCGGGAGCGCCUGGGGCUGCGCACGGGUGGGGGCGCCGCACCAGCCUCGCGUAGCAGCUCUGACGCCGCUGCCGCCGCCGCCGCCCUCCGCAGCCCAGCGCGCGCCCCGCGGCAGCUCCGCAGUGCACUCGCAGCCGCCGCUCCGCCAGCCCCGCUGCCCGCCCGCAGGGUGGGCUCCGAGCGAGCCUCAGACGCCAGCCGAGGGGGUCAUGAGCCAGAGCGCCCUGGGGCUCCGCGGGGAAAGCAAGCGAAGAUAGCGGCCUCGCGUCCCCCUGGCCCUCGCCUCCUUGCCGCGCGUCGCCCGCGUCCCCAGCCCCUUCUGUCCUUUCCACGGACCCCGCAGCCGCCAUGGCCACCCUUCUUCGCAGCAAGCUGUCCAACGUGGCCACAUCCGUGUCCAACAAGUCCCAGGCGAAGGUGAGCGGCAUGUUCGCCAGGAUGGGUUUUCAAGCGGCCACCGACGAGGAAGCAGUGGGUUUUGCUCACUGUGACGACCUCGACUUUGAGCACCGUCAGGGUUUGCAGAUGGACAUCCUGAAAACCGAGGGUGAGCCCUGCGGGGACGAGGGCGCCGAACCGCCCGUCGAGGGAGACAUCCAUUACCAGCGCGGCGGUGGCGCGCCCCUGCCGCCCUCCGGCUCCAAAGACCAGAAUCUGGGGGCUGGUGGAGAAUUCGGGGGCCACGACAAACCCAAGAUCACCGCGUGGGAGGCGGGCUGGAACGUGACCAACGCUAUCCAGGGCAUGUUCGUGCUGGGCCUGCCCUACGCCAUCCUGCACGGCGGCUACCUGGGCUUGUUCCUCAUCAUCUUCGCCGCCGUGGUGUGCUGCUACACUGGCAAGAUCCUCAUCGCCUGCCUGUACGAAGAGAACGAGGACGGCGAGGUGGUGCGGGUGCGGGACUCGUACGUGGCCAUAGCCAACGCGUGCUGCGCCCCGCGCUUCCCCACUCUGGGAGGCCGCGUGGUGAACGUAGCGCAGAUCAUCGAGCUGGUGAUGACUUGCAUCCUGUACGUUGUGGUCAGCGGCAACCUCAUGUACAACAGCUUCCCAGGGCUGCCCGUGUCGCAGAAGUCCUGGUCCAUCAUCGCCACCGCCGUGCUGCUGCCCUGCGCCUUCCUUAAGAACCUCAAGGCGGUGUCCAAGUUCAGCCUGCUGUGCACUUUGGCUCACUUCGUCAUCAAUAUCCUGGUCAUCGCCUACUGCCUCUCGCGGGCACGCGACUGGGCCUGGGAGAAGGUCAAGUUCUACAUCGAUGUCAAGAAGUUUCCCAUCUCCAUCGGCAUCAUCGUGUUCAGCUACACGUCCCAGAUCUUCCUGCCUUCGCUGGAGGGCAACAUGCAGCAGCCCAGCGAGUUCCACUGCAUGAUGAACUGGACACACAUCGCCGCCUGCGUGCUCAAAGGCCUCUUCGCCCUGGUCGCCUACCUCACCUGGGCCGACGAGACCAAGGAAGUCAUCACGGAUAACUUGCCUGGCUCCAUCCGUGCCGUGGUGAACAUCUUCCUGGUGGCCAAAGCGCUGUUGUCCUACCCGCUGCCCUUCUUCGCUGCUGUCGAGGUGCUGGAGAAGUCGCUCUUCCAGGAAGGCAGCCGCGCGUUCUUCCCCGCCUGCUACGGCGGCGACGGGCGCCUCAAAUCGUGGGGGCUGACGCUGCGCUGUGCGCUCGUCGUCUUCACGCUGCUCAUGGCCAUCUACGUGCCGCACUUCGCGCUGCUCAUGGGCCUCACUGGCAGUCUCACCGGCGCCGGGCUCUGCUUCCUGCUGCCCAGCCUCUUCCACCUGCGCCUGCUCUGGCGCAAGCUGCUGUGGCACCAAGUCUUCUUCGAUGUCGCCAUCUUCGUCAUCGGUGGCAUCUGCAGUGUGUCCGGCUUCGUGCACUCGCUGGAGGGCCUCAUCGAGGCCUACCGAACCAACGCGGAGGACUAGGGCGCCCGGUCUCCGGUUCUCCCGCGCUCUUCCCACCCUCCCCUCCCACCCCCACCAGCCCUGUGCGCCCUGCCGCGGCGCUUGGGAAGCCGAGCUUUAAACAUCUCUGGUUCCUAGUUUCUGAUUAUCGGGGAUGGGGGUGGGAGGGAGGGGAUAGGAAUCCACAAUCCAUCGCGUCUGCGUUUCUGUUGUCCUUUCCUUUCCACAACACCCUAGUUUCUGGGGGAGGCCGGGGCGAAUUUGUGGGCCAGGCUCUCUGUCCUUCCCACGGGGACCCUGACUCUUCAGUCCCUGACACCGAAGCGGGUAGGGAAGGGAGGGAGAGGGGUCGCAGCUCUCAGGCGCAGAAACUUGACCUUGGGGGGACAUUUCACAGCCAUCCAGUGCUCGGAAUCUGCAGCGUCCAGCCAUUUCCAGCAAGAGCGCUUCCCAUUCCAGAGACAUUUCAACCCUGCGGAGGGAAAGGCUGGCCGGGAAAUCCGUUUCGGGUGGGCAAUUUCCUUCGGCAAAGCAGGGAGGCGAGAAGCCCAGGCAGGGCCGGCUUGCCUGCUGGUUUUCAGGAAUCCAAACUCAUCUUGUGCAAUUUAUCAGGUUGUGGAACUGUUCUACUGUGCGUGUGGUGUGCUCGUGGUGAAUAAGAUGAAAUGUAUAUCAGAAAAAAAAAUCUAUCUCUAAUUUAGAGUGCGGUACAUAAUUAUAUCCGCAAAUAAAGAAGAAA